UAGUGUUUUUGUUGACAUAUAUUUAAUGUGCGGGUCGUUUGGGCGCGUUUGUACCAGAAGAAAAUAUGCGUUUUUUCCUUUAGGUCUCUCGGAUGUGGUUGUUGUUGUUAGUCCCACCCAAAAUGGAGCCCGGUCUUCCUUGUACACAGCAGACUUGAAGGGCUGGGCUCAACUAGGAUGGGGGCACGGGCGUCCCUGGCUGUCUCAAAAUCGAAGAGACAGGUGACGUGGUUGGCGACAGGCCUGGCACUGUGCUGCCAUGGAGACCAAGCAGGAGCCCUCCGCUGUGUGGAGUCAGACUUCUAAUAAUGAUUCAGGCAACGGCACACAGGUGCAUUUUGAAGGCGGCACAGUGGCCCAGAUAGUGUACAGUGGCGAUCAGGCGGACCGGGGACAGCAGCAGGUGGUUUAUACAGCAGAUGGGAACUCCUACACCUCAGUGGAGUCUGCAGAGCACACACUGGUUUACAUACAUCCUGCAGAUGGCACUCAAACUGUAUUUGCUGAUCAGCCACAAGUUGCUUACAUCCAGCAGGAUGGUACAACGCAGCAGGUCACAGUUCUGCUGCCCAGCGGACAAAACAUGAAUGCUGCCAAUUUGCAUGUCCUCAGUAAUGUAGCCGAGGCUCCCCAAGCCAUCCUGGAGCCUGUUUCCCAGGAGCAGCUGUCUGUGUCCAACUCACUCCCUUCCAUGGCUGACAUGGGGGACCCCCCAACCAGUCCCCUCGGGGCCACGGACUCAACAGAUGAUUCUGACGAAGACGAGGAUGAAGACUCUGAGAUGGAUGAUUGGGAACCUCGUCAGCCUCAAUCAUUCAACCCUCACAGCCUGUGGUGUGAAGAGUGCAAUUGUGCAAACUCCUCUGUGUGUCUGAAGCAUGGCCCUCUGCAUCCCAUCCCCAACCGGCCAGUGAUGUCCAAGGCCCGGGCCAGUCUGCCUCUGGUCCUUUACAUCGAUCGGUUCAUGGGUGGAGUGUUCUCCAAGAGACGCAUCCCAAAGCGCACACAGUUUGGCCCUGUGGAGGGACCGCUGGUUCCUCAGAGUGAACUGCAGGACCACUACAUUCAUCUCAAACUGUGCAUGCUUGAUGCAGAGAAAGAUGGAGAGAAGUCUGACGACAUGUGGUUGGACCUUUCUGAUGAGGACAGCUGUAACUGGAUGAUGUUUGUGAGACCUGCUCAGAACCACUUGGAGCAGAACCUGGUGGCCUAUCAGUACGGCUCAGAGAUAUUUUACACGACCAUCAAAAACAUUCAACCCAAACAAGAGCUCAAGGUGUGGUAUGCGGCAUCAUAUGCAGAGUUUGUCAAUCAGAAGAUCUACAGUGUUACAGAAGAAGAGAGAAAAGUGCUCCGGGAGCAAGAGAAGAACUGGCCUUGUUAUGAGUGUAACCGGCGCUUUGUGAGUUCCGAACAACUGCAGCAACAUCUCAACAUGCAUGACGACAAGUUAAACUCUGUUACCAGAUCCAGAGGCCGGGGUCGAGGAAGAGGCAGGAGGAGAUUUGGGACAGGAAGAAGACCGGGACGCCCACCUAAAUUUAUACGUUUGGAUCCACCAGGAGACGCUGGUGGGGAUAAGACAACAGAGAUGCUGGAAUUGACGGAGAAGCCGCUGGAGGAGCGCAUGGAGGGCGCUCAGAAUGGGCUGAAGGUGGUGGAGAUGGAGUCGGAGGCAGAGGCUGGGACUGAGACAGAGGGCCAGCUUCUUCCUCCUGCAGGGGAACCGGUCCCAGAGUCUGUCACCCCACCCUCCAGCACGGAUCUGCAAGUUCCACUGAAGGAGGACCCCACACAGAGCAGCCAAUCAGACGCCCACCUCACAUCUCAGGACAUGCGCCGUGCCAAGAGGAUACGGAUGGAUGUGCAGAAUGCAGCACUGCAGCACCUUUUCAUUAGGAAGAGUUUCCGUCCUUUUAAAUGCACCCAUUGUGGCAAGGCCUUCCGGGACAAAGACAAGCUUGAUCAGCAUCUGCGGGUCCACGGCCGGGACGCCUAUGCCUUUUCCUGCCACAUUUGCAGCAAGAGUUUCAUGAGUGACUCGGCCCUGGAGGACCAUCUACUGGUGCACACGGAGAACCGCUCCUACUCUUGUCUCUUAUGCCCAGAGACCUUUGAAAGGCUGGACCUGCUCAAAGACCACGUAGGUGUGCACGCUGUGGACGGCUGCUUCACAUGCCCUUCCUGCAAGAAGACGUUUACUGACUUUAUCCAGGUGAAGAAGCAUAUCCGCUGCUUCCACUCAGAAAAGAUUUUCCAGUGCCCAGACUGUGAAAAGGCCUUCUGCCGGCCGGACAAGCUGCGUUUGCACAUGUUACGCCACUCUGACCGCAAGGACUUCCUGUGCUCAACAUGUGGCAAACAAUUCAAGAGGAAAGAUAAGCUGCGGGAGCACAUGCAGCGCAUGCACAAUCCUGACAGAGAGGCCAAGAAGGCUGACAGAAUCCACCGCUCCAAAACCCUCAAACUGAAGGUGCCCACCACUGACUUUGAGAGCUUCAUGUUCAAAUGCAGAGUGUGCAUGAUGGGAUUCAGGCGCAGAGGCAUGCUGGUCAAUCAUCUGUCCAAGCGUCAUCCAGAGAUGCGUAUUGAUGAUGUGCCUGAGCUCACGCUGCCAAUUAUCAAGCCCAACAGGGACUACUUCUGCCAGUAUUGUGACAAGGUGUAUAAAAGUGCCAGUAAGAGGAAAGCACACAUACUGAAGAACCACCCUGGGGCAGAAUUGCCUCCCAGCAUCCGUAAGUUGCGUCCCGCUGCUCCCGGUGAGCCAGACCCCAUGUUGAGCACACACACACAGCUGACUGGCACCAUCGCCACUGCACCGGUCUGUUGCCCUCACUGUGCCAAACAGUACAGCAGCAAGACUAAGAUGGUUCAGCACAUCAGGAAGAAGCAUCCAGAGUUUGCCCAACUUGCAAACACCAUCCAGACUCCACUGACUACAGCUGUCAUCAGUAGUGCCCCUGCUGUCAUCAGUGCAGAUGGUACCACAGCUGAGGCUGUAGUGACCACAGACUUGCUGACCCAGGCCAUGACGGAGCUUUCUCAAACACUGACCACAGACUACCGCACAGCACAGGGAGACUACCAGAGAAUCCAGUACAUCCCAGUCUCUCAGGCAGGAGGCAACCUGUCUCAGCCACAACACAUUCAGCUGCAGGUGGUGCAGGUGGCUCCGGCUUCCUCCCCACAUUCUCAGCACCAGACAGUAGAUGUGAGCCAGCUGCAUGACCCUCAUGGCUACAGCCAGCACUCCAUCCAGGUACAACACAUCCAGGUCAACGAGCCCUCAGGCACUGGACAAGGAGCCACCCAGGUCACUGGUCAGUCUCUAAGCCCCACCUCCCAGCAGCCCAGUCAGGAACUGAGCCCCACUCAGCUGACCCCUGUGACCUUAGCUCAGAGCCAAACUCUGCAGACCAGCAGCACCCAGCAGCAGCAGGGGACUGUACAGCAUGCUUACAUACCCGGGAACUGGAACUACCGAGGCUACUCAGCGUCUGAGAUCCAGAUGAUGGCUCUACCUCACGCACAAUAUGUGAUCGCAGAGGCCAGCACACCUGUAUCUGGAGUGAACAGCAACCAGGUGAAAACGACACACUACGUUAUCUCAGAGGGUCAAACUGAACUGGAGACCAAACAGGCUGUUCCUCAAAGCGCAACCCAGGCCCACACUGAACAUCUGGAGCAACAGCCGACCAAUCAGCAAGCCACCACGCAGUACAUCAUCACCACAACUACCAAUGGCAGUGGCACUAGUGAAGUUCACAUUACAAAACCCUGAACUGUACACUGGUAAACUCUGCAAACCCAGCGCAGACCCACCGACUGAUCCUGCAUGUAUACCUCAGCAGCUUGUAUGCACAUUAAUGAACAAACACACAGUCAUAUGCACAUGGAUACAGACUUGUGUACAUACAGAGCUGAAACGGGGAUGAAAUGAUGACCAGCACAGUUUUAUGUGUCUGUAAAGUGUUAAAGUACAAGCUGCCAGCCAGAAUUUUGUGAAAAAUAAAGUUAGUAGAGAAGAAUGCAAAGUUUUGAUUUUGAACAGAACAUGUAAACUACAGAACAUGUAACACACAGUAAGACAAAAAAGUGAACCCUUAUUUUAAAUACACAGCACUGAAAAACAUUUUGAGUAAAGCUGUUGAAAACAAACAUAUCAUAGUAUCAAAUACAGGGUUCCUGAGCACGUUUGGAAAGUAUGGACAAUUAAAGCGAGAAUUUUAAGGUCUUGCUGUAUGAGCUACUGGAGUCUGAGGUGGUGGAAAAGCUUUAUUGCUCAGUCCUUAUACAGAUUUGAGUGCCCAUUUUACAUAUUUGUAAAGUUACAGACAUUUCUUAAAGUGUAGUAUUUGUAAAUGAAAUUUUGGAAAGUAAUAGAUCAGAGAAAGAAAGAAAAUAUAUGAAAAUACUGUAUAAAUCAGUCCUGUGAUUGGCUUUCCAAAACAGGUCACGUUGGUUUCUGUCCAGCACAGCAUCUGUUAUAUUGUAAGUUACCAGAUUGUCUCUUAUAUCUUAUGUGAUUUGUCUUCAUGGAUUUCCUUUUGAGAAUGUCACAGACAUCUGCUUUUAUUUAUGUGCUGGAUUGUCCUGAUUUCCCCCAAAGCUUUUUUUUCAUUGCCAUGGUCACAACUGCAACACUUGGGUUUUUAUAGUAAAAUUCUGAAAAACAAACAUCAGUUCCUCUCUUUCACAAAGAUCACAGUUUUCAUGGAUACAGUGGACCUAAAACUCUGGGAUAAUUCUUUUUUUUUCUUUUUUCUCCCCCCAUGUAUCUAAAAGGUAAUCAUUACAGAUUGAAUGGCACACCCGUGGCUGGAUAGGGUCAGAAAAUACGCUUUGUUACAUCUGUAAACACAUCCAACAGUGAUGUCACUCAGUCAUGGAGUACACCUGUAUAUCACUGCAGCAAGACGUGAAGUUAAACCACUGGAG